UGCUUCAGUGAAAACUCAUAAAAAUUAGUGAUUAAAACCCAUCUGAUGGUCUGCACUGGGUCAAGUAGCAUGAUUGAACUGUGUAAAUGUGAUGAGUGUGAAUAUUUCAUUUUCAGUUUGGUUGGAGUAACAAUAGAGCAGAUUCUAUUAAAUGAAUACAAAGAUAAGAUGUAUUCAGUGCUAGAGUAGUUAUCAGAGUGCAGUAUGUCAUUGCAUAGAUUGUACUGCAUGUAGAUAAAGUAAAGUUCAGAGGAGUGUUACCAUAACAUUAGAAUUCAUAAAUCCAAACUGGAAAUACAGCCAAGAGGUUUUGAGUUAUGUUUUCAUUAUUGGUAAAUUUUGAACUAAAAGUGGUGCAAUAGAUGAAAAUCAACAAGGUCACCAAAAUCAUCAGGAAUCAUUAUCUGGAGACUGUGACUAUUCAUAUUAAAAGUGCAGUGCAUUGCCAAGAUGUCUUGCUCUUUAUUCUUAUUCAUUUUGAUUCAAGCUUUAAUUAGAAAAGUCAAACAAACUAAAUCUCUCUCACAGAGUACUUACAGAAAUAUUGCCUAGAAAACAACAAUAUGAAAAACCAUAAAAAUUGCAAACAGGACAUAAAUUGGCAUAUUUGAGCAAAAAUACAGUAAAAAAAAAACAUCUGUAAGAACCGGGGACCAAAUCUACUAAGUGUAAAACUUGGCUGAACAAAACAGACAGGAGUCAUUUCACAUUUACAGUAAAGCAAAGUAUGUGUGAGAUACAGAGCAUGUGUCAAUUAAGUGUCAAAACCACCACUUCAUUUUGUUAUUGUAAGAUCAACAUGAAUUGAGUUUUCUAACAACACCAAGCAAACAUCCAAAGUCCAAAGUUAAAUCCUCUUCCUGCACAUAGUGUUUGUAAAAUUGCCUUUUUUAAAAAAAUAUUAUCUUUCCAUAAUGCAAGAACACGGUCAUGCAUGCAAAUUACUUACAACUAAAAGCAGAAGUUCAUUUUAAAACUGUGGGUGAUGAAUAGAGGAAACAGACACUUCUGCUAUUAGGUUACUCUAUGGCUUAAUUACAGCGGCAGUCUUCUGUCUACAAGUCAGACCGAACUCAACAGACAGACUGUAGCGAUGGCGGAGGAGGAGAUAAACUACGCUUCAGUUGUAUUUAAAACUAAGACACAGCCCCGACCUGAAGCUCAAAAGAAGGAGGACACUGUGUAUGAUGAGGUGAAGGUGCCACACAAAACACCCAAACAAGCUGCUGACAUGAACGUCUCAGCAGGAUUCUUGUCAGACAUGAAAGCCACCAACAGACAUCACCGCUAUCAGCUGUUGGCUUGUUGUUUGGGGACUUUUUGUGUCAUUUUGCUGUUGGACAUCAUAGCAGUCGGUGUCUUCCUUUCUAUGUAUACUGGUGAGAGUCAUGUAAGUGAGCUGAAACAGUUAAAAAACAACCGAACGACUCUGCUGCUGAUCAAGCACAACCUGACAGACGACAACAACAAACUCAGAUCAGAAAAUGAAAACUUGAGGAGAGACUACAAUAAUCUGACAGUCAUCAAUGGAAACCUGACACAGGCCUGUACUGUCUCAGAGAGCAGGAUCACAACCCUGACUGCAGAAAACCAGAAACUGACUGCAGAAAAACAGACACUGACUGCAAAAAACAACAAGCUGAACACACAAAUCCAGGAACUGAAGACACAGAAGAACAACUUAGCAGAACAAAUAAGAAAGUUGAGUGAGAACAGCGUUGAUCAAGAACACCAGAAGAUUGAUGCCUACUGCCCCAAAGACAAUAAUAACAACAGACAGUGUAAAGCUUGUAUGAAAGGCUGGCUGCACAAUCAGUCCAGCUGCUAUGCCAUCAAUAACGCUAAACCUACUGAUCAGAAAACCUGGGAGGAAGCUCGAGACAACUGCACAGGAAAGUUUUCAGAUUUGGCUGUAAUAGUUAACGAAGAUGAAAAGAAAUUCAUCAAUGACAACAGUUGGCGCAGUAAAGGAGUCAAAGGCUACUGGAUUGGCCUGAGAGUUGAAGAUGGGAGAUGGAAGUGGAUCAAUGGAAGUGAUCUGACUGAAAGCUCCUGGACACAACCUCCUACCAACGGUCACUGUGCAAUUUCUGUCCAAAAUGAAGGAUGGAAAUCAGUGAGCUGCGGUGAGAAAAACGGAUGGAUCUGCAAAAACAAGGCUUUAUCUCUUUAAACACUGAGAGGCCACACUUGAGAAGGUUACUGGAUACUCUGUAAAGAUUAAUAACAUGUAAAAUCAUAUUAACUGGCUUAUAAAUAUCAAUACAAAGACUUUUAAUGCAGUUUGGGAUUUUUCCCAAAACUAUUCAUGUAUGUGCUCUGUGUGUGUGUGUGUGUGUGUGUGUGUGUGUGUGUGUGUGUGUGUGUGUGUGUGUGUGUGUGUGUGUGUGAGCAUGCUAAAGUGAGCUAACUAAUACUCUGAAUGUGCUGUUCUUCUACUUUGUUAGAGAUGAGAUGUUGUUUCCUGUUUUAUUGUCAUGUAACAUUUGAAUUAUUACUGCUGAUUGGCCAACAGGGGAGCUGUUUCCUUCUCAACAAAAUGUUCACACAGUUGUUUUCUUAAGUAAUGUAUUCUGAUGAAAAGAAUAUAUGCAGAGGUGUCUGGUUAAGUGUUAUUCUACUUAUUUAGAAGCAAAUUUAUAUUUCAGUCUUGUAUCUCCAGUGAAUAAAUAUGCUGCCACACCUUGUUGUUAUUGUCUUUUUCUUACAAAUUGCUCCCUGAAAAAGUCAGAAAGCUUUCAUCAAGUCAGAGAGAAUAGCAUUAUUCAGGAUGCUGUAACAUGUUUAAUCGAGAUGAGACAGAAGCAGACCUGACCUCAGUAUAGUUGCACCCGAGUAUUGCUUUAAGAAAUAUUUUAAAAUGUCAAUAUUUUCAAAUCACAGUUCUUAGGGGUCCUGGAUAAAUUAGUUCCAAUUAAAACAUCAGAACAUAGUUUUCAGAAGUUUGAGAUAUUGACAAAUUGGGUAAAUAGACUGCUCUCUAAAACUAAGAAAGAUUUUCUCAAAUACAAAAUGACUGAAUGUGUGAAGUUAAAGGUCAACUAUGACUGUUUUAAAUUUUUAUUUUACAUCGGUUGCUAUAGAUCUGGCUAAUAACUCCCUCAGCACUCAAACUUAACCUUUUAAACCACACAAAAGCGACUGGACCUGAUGGGUUACCAGCUAGAUUCACAAGGGAUGCUGCAGAAGUUACACAGUAGUUCCAUGUCAGGCAUAUAAUAAAUCUUUCUAUUAUGUCAGGUAACGUUCCAGAUGGGCUUCAGUUAGGUAGAGUUAUUCCAGUACACAAGAAGGGAAGUCAUCUAGACCCAGGGAAUGAGGCCGGUCUCAACUUUAUCUGUGUGGUCAAAAAUUCUGGAAACAAAUGGUGCAAGAUCAAAUAUAUGACUACAUCUCUAGAAAAACUCUUCUGCAUGAAAUUCAAUCUGGAUUUAGGAAAUCAUAUUCAACAGAUACCUGACUGAUCAUAUUAGGAAACAAGUAGAUGAAGGUUAUGUGGUAUGGUUGGAUACACAGAAUACAUUUGACACUGUGGACCAUAGCAUUUUAUUGAUUAAGCUCAAGGCUAUGGGAUAUAAUAAGCAGGCUGUUGACUGGUGUCAGUCCUUUUUAAUAAAGCAAACACAAGUUGUGGCUGUUAAUGGGACAUUAUCUGAUUUUAGAACUGUUGAAUGUGGAGUUCUACAAGGCAGUGUUUUAGGUCCACUUCUUUUUGUUGUACGUUAAUGAUAUAAAGUCAGCCGGUUUUAGGAAUGUUUUUUAAACGCUGAUGGGUCUACUCUACUAGUGGCUCAAAGAUAAAGUUGAGCAGUCUCUCAAUACAGCUCUUCAGAAUGUGAGCAUCAGGUUAUCUGUUAACAUGUUAUCCCUCUAUCUUGGAAAGACUGAAGUAAUUUAGAUCUAAAAUAUCACUUAAACACACCCAAGAGUUUAAAGUUAAAGUGGGAGAAACUCCAAUUACCGGUAGAAAUUGUGUUACAUAUUCAGGAUGUGAACUAUCAGGUGAAUCAAUUGUUUUAAAAGUUAUUUUUAAGUCAACCAAAGGAUUAAAUUUUAGCUAGAAAAGCCAGACUGUGAAAUAAAUCAACUCUACAUAUCCAGGCAGGAACUCUGGUUCAGGGUCAGUUUGACUAUACUUCCACCUGUUGGUACAAAGGAUUAUUGCAGCUUCUGAAAAACAAACUCCUGAUGACACAAAACAAACUAGUUAGGGUCAUUUUAAAACUUCUACGUUGAGUCAGAUCACUUUAAAAAACUAAACGGGCUAACAGUUGAGAAAAUGGUUAACUUUAUUAAGUUAUAUCUUACUUAUAGAAUUAGUUUUAAACAUUAAUAUAAGUGUUUAAAGAUACCCAUAACCAUCCAAAAAGGGGCAAUUCAAUUUAUUUUAUUUAGUUUUGCUUUAAGACUUUAAUGGGUAAAAAUAUAUUCCUUUAUUCUGCAGCUGUACUAUAGAACAACCUUCCUUUCAGUCUACAACUCAUCACAUCAGAGCACAUAUUCACAGUGGCCUUGAAAAGAUGGUUUCUCAGUCAUUUAUAACCUGACAUACAUGAUGAAGGGAGCUUAGAGCAUGCAGACUGUGAUACCUCACCAUUGUAUGUAUUGUAAAUAAUUGUUGGCAUGUAUGUAUUUGUCCUAUGUUGUCAUUGUCAUGCUGUUUGUUAUACUGUGUGUAGAGGACAACAAAGGAAGCCUUUUUGUGAUUUAAUUCAUGAUUGUAACUAUUUUAAAUCUGUAUGUUUUAGGGGAUCAAAUGAAUUCAAUCAGUCAAUCAUCUCUAAAAACAACAUCAAACUGACUGCAGAAAACCAGCAGAUGAAGACGGCAAAUCAGCAACAACACGACUCUACUGAUGGUCAGUUGCAACCUGACAAACCUCAACAACAAACACUUAGAAAGCAAGAUCACAAACCUGCCUGUGGAAAACCAGAACCUGACAACACAAAACAAGCAGCUCAACACUGGAAACCAGGAGCUGGACACACAGAGGAACAACUAAACACAGCAAAUAUGAAGUGAGCUCAGUGGAGCAUUGAUACCUACUGCCUUAAAGAAAAUGACACUAUGUUCAGAUAUCAUUAACCCUUUAACAUCUACCCUUUUUAUACAAUUUUCACCUAUUUGGCACACCCACAUGGA